UCUUCCUUUCCUACAACUUCUUCUCAAACAUCUACACAUUUACCACUCACCAUUCACCAUCCAUCAUGAACCCUUGCGGAAACAGCGUUUGCACCUGCGGCACUGGUUGUGGCUGUGGAUCAAAGUGCCAGUGCGGCAAGAGUGAGGCCUCGUCAUCGUCACCGUCCUCAACUGCUCCUUGCAACUGCAAGACGCAGUCUGGUACCAAGUGCACCUGCGCCGGCCAAUGCGAUUGUGCCAAGGGCCACGGCUGCGGAUGUACCAGCUGUGAGUGCGAGGGAUCCUCGGGCGCUGAGUGCAAGUGCGACAAGGACUGCAAGUGUGCCAAGAAGCAAGGAUGCGGAUGCAACUCAAAAACUAGCGCCAACUGCACCUGUGCUGGCAAGUGCAACUGCCAUAACGCCUAAAUCAUUAGACCAUUCGAUCGCGGCGGCCAUAUCCCUACGAACAUGUUUUCUCCACCUCUCAGUGUGAUUCUUCAACACCCAUGACCUUUCGAUGGUGGGUUCCUUUUAAUGGCCCUUUUGUACAAUUCUUUCUACUCGUAGUAUGGGCGGAUAAGUCGGUUGGAUCAUGGCUUCAGAGUGAAUCCCAGAUCUAUAUUGAUACCGCAACACCUAGUCUAUCGCGUAGUCAUACUUUGUCAUACUUUGCACUAAAUAAAUUUACAAAAGAUGCAGCUCAA